AUGGCUCCCACCGCCCGUCAAGCCCAGAACCUGGGCCAGAUCAUUGAGUACAUUCCUGACCGACUCUACCUCGCCGCCUACAUCACGCCGCCUACGGCCGACACCCUCUUCCCUGCGACACCCGAGUCGCCGCGGAAGCGAGCGCAAAGGACGGCCACGGGCCGCGCCGCCGCGCCGUCGCCCAGCCGCCGCUCGCCGCCUUGCUACUUCACCAUUGACGACAGCCUCUUCUACAAUGCCUUCCACCACGACUUUGGCCCCCUGCACAUCGGCCACCUCUACCGCUUCGCCAUUCGCUUCCACGAAAUCCUCGCUGCUAAGGAGAACAAGGAUCGUCCUGUCGUCUUUUGGAGCGCCGCCGACCCCAGGAGUCGUGCCAAUGCCGCAUGCAUGCUCGCGUGCUACAUGGUCCUCAUCCAGAACUGGCCCCCGCACCUGGCCCUCGCCCCCAUCGCCCAGGUCGACCCCCCGUUGAUGCCCUUCCGCGACGCCGGCUAUAGUCAGGCCGACUACGGAAUCACUGUCCAGGACGUCGUCUAUGGCGUCUGGAAAGCCAAGGAGGAAAAGUGCAUCGACCUCGACAACUUUGACCUCGACGAGUACGAGCGCUUUGAGCGCGUCGAGCACGGCGACUUCAACUGGAUCACACCCAACUUCCUCGCCUUUGCCUCGCCCCAGCACACCCCCGUCGCCAAGAUCACCGAAGCAGAGCCGGACCUCUUCAACAUCCUCCCCAGAGACCUCGACGCCGUCGACGCCCACCCCACACUGCCCAAGCAAUUCAAGUGCGUGCUCGGGCACUUUGCCGAGCGCAAUAUUGGGCUCGUCGUCCGCCUCAACUCCCACCUCUACUCCCCCUCCUACUUCGAGGCCCUCGGCAUCCAGCACAUUGACAUGAUCUUUGACGACGGCACCUGCCCCCCGCUGACCACUGUCCGCAAGUUUAUCCGCCUCGCCCACGAGAUGAUUACCGUGAAGAAGAAGGGUAUCGCAGUUCACUGCAAGGCUGGCCUCGGCCGCACCGGCUGUCUCAUCGGCGCCUACCUCAUCUACCGCCACGGCUUUACCGCCGACGAGGUCAUCUCCUUCAUGCGCUUCAUGCGCCCUGGCAUGGUGGUCGGUCCCCAGCAGCACUGGCUGCACCUCAACCAGGGAACCUUCCGCGAGUGGUGGAUCGAGGAGCGCGUCGAGCGCAGACUGCGGCGCGAGAUGGCGGCCGCGAACCCGGUGCCCAGCACGCCCAUCCGCGCCAUCCAGAAGGGCUCUCUCCGCAACGGUCAAUUAUCGACGCCCCCCAAUCGCAGCCCCUCGAACCGCACGCCACUAAGCGAGCUCGACGACCGCAGCAACAAAGUGCACAAUCAGGAAGACUACCUGCCCGCGCCGACUCCCGGCCAGCCUAGAAAGACGCGCUCUGAUCGCCACCACCCGUACCAACGCUCAGGAUCACACCAGACGACAACAAUCGAGGAAUCUCAAAGCAUUGAGCAGGAGACGGAAGUCGUAACCGUACAACGGCGCUCUGGCGGCGCCACAGGGGAUUCUGAGGAAGAGCUUCUCGUCCGGAUGCGCAGUUCCCGCAAGGCGUCGCAGUCACCUCUUCAAAAGUCGCGCUCCGUGAGCCAGACCACGUCAACGACCACGAUCUACAUGAUUGACAACGACGCGUCGCAGGACGCCGAGAAUAUUGGUGCCGGCCGACCGGCCAAAGCCGUGGAGCGCGCCCAGAGCGCCUCGGCAACACUACCUCGUGUACGCGGCAGCAGGCGCGGCGCCGUGCCCGAGUCACCGCUCCGCAACAAGGAUGUGUCCCCCUCGUCGGCGGGCAUCCGCAAGACGAGCGGUCGCGUGGGUAGUGUCGGUCAGGGAACCUCGGCCGCUGCUAUGGCUACCGCCCGCAAGGUGUCGGGCGCAUAG